GGCGUUCAAAGUGCAACUACUUUUCUUAUUGCUUUUUGGCUAAAAAGUACUCGAAAAAUGCCGCUGAAAGGCAUCAAAGUGUUGGAAUUCGUGGGCCUAGCACCUGGACCAUUAUGUGGCAAGAUCCUAACCGAUUUCGGGGCCACCGUCACCCGCAUCGAUAAGGUUCUCGAAAACCCUUUGGACGUACUGCAGCAGGGAAAACGCACCAUAAGUGUGGAUCUGAAGAACCCAAAGGGUCAGCAAUUGGUGCGCAAGUUGGCCAACAAGUGCGACGUGCUCAUCGAACCCUUUCGCCCGGGAGUUAUGGAGAAACUGAACCUGGGUCCCAGCGAGCUGUGUAAAGGGAAUCCCCGCCUGAUUUACGCUCGCCUCACGGGUUUUGGCCAGCACGGAAGAUUGGCACCACGGGCAGGUCACGACAUCAACUAUGCUGCCAUAUCGGGAGUACUUUCCAUGUUGGGCCGGCGGCACGAGAAGGUGACUGCACCCAUUAAUCUUCUGGCCGAUUUCGCCGGCGGCAGUGUUAUGUGCGCCCUGGGAAUUUGUCUUGCCCUCCUGGAGCGCCAUGGCUCCGGAAGAGGUCAAGUGGUGGAUGCGUCGAUGGUGGAGGGAGCUGCCUAUGUGGCCAGUUGGCUUUUCAUGUCCCGGAAUCUGGCCAUUUGGGGCCAGAAGCGCGGUGACAACCUCAUCGACGGCGGCUCGUAUUUCUACGAUACCUAUGAAACCAAGGACGGUCUGUACAUGUCUGUGGGGGCCUUGGAACCGCAGUUCUUUGAGGUGCUACGACAGCGCUUGGAACUGCCCGAGGAUCUUUCCCAGUUUGGCCAUGAACAUCAGGAUCGGGGAAGGAAAUUGCUAACGGAAGCCUUCCUAUCCAAAACCCAAGCGGAAUGGUCGCAGAUCUUUGAGGAUGUAGAUGCUUGUGUCUACCCCGUGCUGGAUUACCGGGAGGUUCACAAACACGAUCACAACAAGGAGAGGAACUCGUUCGAUAUGAUUGGGGAUAUACCUGCUCCACGUCCUGCUCCAUUGCUAAGCAGAACUCCGGGAAAAUUGCCCAAGCCAAAUGAUGAAAAACAGCUUGAACUGAUAAACGAAUUGGAUCUUGAGCCGCAUGAACUAAAGGACUUGCUGGACUCGGGAGUACUUACACUUUCAGAGCGAGCCAAACUGUAGGUUUUCCGGCUAUAAAAGUA